GCUGUGCCCAGUGAACUAGCGGAGUUGAGCGACUCGACGAGCUCCUCGAUUCAGACAAGGUGGAACCGAUUUAUCGUUCGUUUUGGGCGUUGGCUCCGGUGGCUCCAAGCGACGUUGGUCGGUUAGUAGUAUUCGUUAUUUCGAGCGGCAACAUGAUGUACAACGCGGCGUCGGUCCGGCGGUCGCUCUCGUCGACGAGCCUCAGUAGCCAGCGGUCGCUCUCGUCGGCGCCGUCGUUGCGGCUACCGUCGUUUAGCGACCUCAACCCGUUUGCCCAUUUCGGAGCAACCCUCGCGCGCGCCAACUCGUCCAACGGCCCGCGCUGGCAGCCGGUGCCUGGCCUCGUGCACUCGAAGGAGACGCUGGCGCUGCGGCAGGCGGUGGGCGCGAUUCUCAAGGACGUGCACGCGCACAUUUCGACCGAGACGCUCGAAAUUCGCGCCAAUACGCCCGAGUACCGGCUCGAGAGCGACGACUGGAUCGCGCACAAGAAUGGCUUGAACGUCGCGCUGACGACGGUCAAGACGGUCGCGCGCCUUCCGUUGCACUUGCUCCAGCUCGACCCGGUGGUCGGUAGCGCCGAGUCGGCGGGUCCGGUCUUUGGCGGCUGGCUCAAGAAGCGCGGCGAGAACAACAAGGCCAUGAAGAAACGCUACAUGGAGCUCGAGAACAAGGUGCUCAAAUACUACAAGAAGAAGCCCGAGAAGAGCGGGCGGCGCAUGAGCAACGACGAGAAGGCGAGCUUGCUGCGCGGCCAAAUCGAGCUCGACGCGGUCUCGGCGAUCCAGCCUACGAUUGUAAAGGGUGCGACGCUGCAGUAUGGCAUCGACCUCGUGACGACGAACCGGACGUGGACGAUGCAAGCCGAGUCCGAAGCCGAGUACGACCUCUGGGUCAAGCACCUCUGCAACUCGGUGGCGUUUCACUGCGUCAACAUCAUCUACCGGCGCAUGCUGCAGCUCGCCGAAGUGAGCGCGACAGGCCCGAACGAAGUGCGCAUGAUCACGCUGCCAACGUAUACGGUGCAGGAGACGGUCGAGCACAUAUUCGACUGCUACAACAACAUGCUGGAUGCGACGCCAUUGCAUCCGUACGACCCAAAGGAGUACGUCCUCAAGUUUACGGGGUACCGCGACUACAUGAUCGACCCGUUCCGCGAAGUUAGCAACUACCAGCACGUGCGCGAGUGUCUCAUCACAAAGAAGACACUCUGUCUCACGCUCGUGCACGAGUCCAAAAUCCAAGAAGCGCUGCGGCGGAGCGUGCUUGGCGGCAACAUUUACGACGAACCGACGUUUGCAACCUCGACGCGGUCGCUCGAGAUCGCUAUGACCACGCUCGGCAACGACUGGCAAGAGCACUCAACGCAUCAUCCUCCGACGACCGCACCGGUGGUGUCACCGCAGAGUUUGGGUUCGGCCAACAAGAGCUGUCACUAUGACGAGCCCCUCCGCAUUUGUAUUCAACGGGUGGUCAACAUCCCGCGCUACACGACCCACCUCCGUCGCACGGCACACGAGAUCGUGUCGGAGCGGCGCCCGCUGCUGUUUGCCAACGUCGUCGCCAGUGUCGAGAUCUUCAAUGGCGGCCAGCUCCUCGAGACGCUCGGCGAGACGUCCGACACGACGCUCAAAGCCCAAGCCAACGACGCUCUCAUUGCCAUGUGGAUCGAGCCCAAGUGGUUUCGCAGUAGCUUGCGCCUUAGUGAACUACCAAAGUCGGCGCGGGUCGUCGUGACGCUCUUUGGCAUCCGCGCGCCGGGUGCUGACGCCGGGUCGUACGACCGGAUUCUCACGACCGGCGUCAACCUCUUUGAUGUCGACGGCAUCUUUGUCCAAGGCGACCAGUACGUUGGUAUGCUCGAGAACCUCUACACGUGCAGCUCGGGGCCGGUGCCACACGUCGUCGACCUGGACCGCCCGGUUGUGCAGAUGACGUUUACGUCGUACAAUGGUCCGAUCAAGUUUGACUGGACCGAGCACGCGCUCGGUGACGUCUCGUCCCGGAGCGAAGCUGUUCUCAAGACGGGCUAUCUCAAAAAGACAGGCAAGCACCAUCAGCUCACCAAGUGGCAAAUGCGCUUCUUUACGCUCAGCCAAGCGACCAACUCGCUCUCGUAUGCCGAGAACCCGUCGGCGCCCGCGAAGUUCACCAUCAACCUCCUCGGCGCGCAGGUGCUCAAUGCCGACGAGCUCAACGAGCGCUACACGACGUUUGCGGUCUCGAAAGGCACGCGCAAGGAGCAGAGUACGUGGGUCUUCAAGCUCAAGGCCGCCGACAGUGCACGCGAGUUUGUCAUGUCCGCCAACACGCGCCAAGAGCGCGAGGAGUGGGCGCUGGCGAUCAAGCUCGUGGCCAACGGCGACACGGCCGAGGCCAUGGACGACCUCCGUCGCAUCAUCCAACGCGACCCGCUCUUCCAGCUCAGCGACUUUCAGAAAGCUGUCUUGUGGCGCAACCGGCACCAGUUCAUGACGUCGUUCGAGGCGCUACGGCACGUCUUGUCGUGCGUCAACUGGCUCUGCCCGGCGGACGUCAGCGAAAUGCUCACGCUCCUGCCGCAGUGGGCGCAGGCGUCGCACCCAGCCUCGUACAUCAUCCUCCUCGACAAACCCUUUGCGCACGAGACGGUCCGGCAGUUUGCGGUCGACAAACUCGCGGAGAUGGCCGACACGACGUUCAGCUACUUCUUGCCGCAGCUCGUGCAGGCGCUCAAGUACGAGAGCCACCACGUGUCGCCGCUCGCCAAGCAUUUGAUCGAGCGCGCGAUCAAGAACCCCAACCAGAUCGGGUUUGACCUCUUCUGGAGCAUGAAGGUCGAGUCGUACAACGACCAAGUCCGCGAGCGCUACGGUGUGCUCCUCAACACGUACUUGGACGUGUGCUCCAACAAGAUGCGCUCGAUUCUGCAGCUCCAGGACAAACUCUUCUCGGAGAAAGGCGCGUUCGAGCAGAUUUGCCAAGAGGUCAAGGCCUUACACCACAGCGGGAAGACCAAGGACGAGAUCAAGGUCACCAUGCAGCAGCGUCUCGAGGAGCUCAAUGGCACCCUUCCCGCAACGUACCAGCUGCCGCUCGACUCGCGCGUCGAGGUUGGCAAGAUCGUCGUCAAGAAGUGCAAAAUCAUGUCGUCGGCCAAACUGCCACUCUGGCUCGAGUUUGAAAACGCCGAAGAAGGCGGCGACCCGGUCAUUAUCAUCUUCAAGGCCGGCGACGACGUGCGCCAGGACUGCCUCACGCUGCAGCUCAUUCGUCUCAUGGACGAAAUGUGGCGUGAAGACGGCAAAGACCUCGCCAUGGAGCCGUACAAGUGCGUCUCGACCGGCCCCAUGACGGGCAUGUUGCAGGUCGUCCUGCACUCCGUGACGACCGCAGCCGUUCACAAGCGGGGUGGCGCGAUGGGCGGCAUCUUUGGUGCGUUCAACGACGUGAGCUUUCUGGACUGGAUCCAAGCCAACAACGGCGACGCCCGCAGCUACCGGGUCGCGGUCGACCUCUUCAUGCGGUCGUGUGCGGGCUACUGCGUGGCGACGUACGUCCUCGGCAUUGGCGACCGGCACAAUGACAACAUUAUGAUCACCAAACAAGGCCGGUAUUUCCACAUUGAUUUCGGUCAUUUCCUCGGCUUUAUGAAGUACCAGUACGGCAUCAAGCGCGAGAAGACGCCGUUUGUGUUUACGCCCGAGAUGGCGCACGUCUUUGGCGGCGUCGGGACGCCAGACUUUGUCAAAUUUCAAAAAACGUGCGGCGACGCGUUCAACGUUGUGCGAAGGCACUUGCAUUUGCUCGUCUCGCUCUUUGUGCUCAUGAUCCCAGCCGAGAUGCCGGAGUUGCGCCACCGCGACGACGUCAACUACCUCGUCGACGUCUCGACGCCUGAGAAGACGGACGAAGAGGCCGCCGCGGCCUUUGACGAUCUCGUCAUCCAGUGCAUGAACAACACGUUCAAGCGCAUCGACAACACACUGCACAUUCUCAAGCACCGGUAGUGCUUCGAUAUACCUUUGUUGAAACCUGUUUAUGACACUCUCUCCACAAUCUUUUCACCACUUGGUAACUUGCAUGCCGCUGCGAUCCCGUUGUUCGACCAACCCCAACCCUCGAUGACGU